CUAGAGGCCAUGUGUGGUACUGAAUAUUUCCAAAACGUGAAAAUACCGAUCCAUCGACGCUUUGUCAACGAAGCAGUUGCUUGUCAGCUCAGUGCUAGAACUGCUUGAAUGUAGGUUGGAACGGACCAUCUGCAUGGGCUAUAUCUCAUCAACCCAGCGGCAAAACAAGGAUCCAAGAAUGGUUUUAGUGCAUGUCGGAUAUCUGGUUCUUCCUGUAUUUGGCUCAGUAAGAAAUAGAGGAUCCCACUUUAACCGGCAGCAGCAGCAGCAUAGCCAUGCUACCUCUUGCCGGCACUUCCAGCUAGGCCCCCAGGCCCAGCUGCCCAUUGACUUCCCAAUGCCCCACCCAGGUCAGCCCCAGUCGGGCAUCAACCCCCACCUGGCUCCCCCUGGCCAUCAGCAUUCUCCCCAGCUCCACCCGCCCCUCAACCCCCUACCCCCCACACCCCAGUUCCAGGACAUUUCUGCCCCCCCUUUCCUACCUCAGGCCUUACACCAGCAGUACCUCCUCCAACAGCAGAUCCUAGAGACCCAGCACCGGCGCAUCAUGCCACCUUCCAGCAGACACCAGCCCCACAGACUGCGGCCGGGUUACGAGUUUGCUCCCGUCCUCCACAUCCCCCCACAGCCUGCGGCCCAGCAGCCUCGCUACCUGGCUGAAGGCACAGACUGGGAUUUGAGUGUGGACGCGGGGCUCCCUCCUCCUCAGUACCAUGUCCGCCCACUGCCCCAGCACUACCAUCACUACCUGACAUCUCCCAGGAUGCAUCACUUCCCCAGGAACAAUGCCUCCACCCAAGUGGUUGUCCAUGAGAUCAGAAACUACCCGUAUCCUCAGUUACACCUGCUGGCCCUGCAGGGCCUCAACCCCUCCCGCCACGCAUCAGCUGUGAGAGAGAGCUAUGAGGAGUUACUGCAGCUGGAGGACAGGUUGGGCAGUGUGAACCGAGGGGCUGUCCAGACCACUAUUGAAAGGUUUACCUACCCUCACAAAUACAAGAAGAGGAUACCUCAGGACCUGAAGCUCGGGCUGGUGGAUGAGGAACUGGAUACAGAUGAGAAGUGUACCAUCUGUCUGUCAAUGCUGGAGGAUGGAGAGGAUGUCAGGAGAUUACCCUGCAUGCACCUCUUCCACCAGGCGUGUGUGGACCAGUGGCUGGCCACCAGUAGGAAAUGCCCCAUAUGCAGGGUGGACAUUGAGACCCAGCUGGCACCAGACAGCUGAUGCCUCCUUUCCCUGCCCACAUCUUGUAAAACCCCACCUCAUCCCUAGGGGGAGCUCUGCCAAAUGUCCCCCUUCCCAUCUGCAUCACAUAUGAGCCUGCCUUCUGAGCCAGCUGAGGAAGACAAUGAGCGGGAGGGGAGGUGAGAGGGAUUAACAAAGCACACUGAUCCAAACAAUAGAGAAACAAAAGAGGCUGAUGGAUGGAUGGAUGGAUGGAUGAAGAAGAGAGGCAGAAGGGUUCCAGAAUGUAUGGACAGAUUUGCAGGGCCUUGAUGAGCCUCCAUCAGGGUUUUGCACCGUAGCAUUAGCUUCUCCAUACACUCAGAGAUGAGAUCCUCCAUUAAACCACCAAGCGAGCGUGUGUGUUGUGUUGUUGGGUUUGUAUAUGUGUACUGGUCUCACUCCCUCUUGAUGAAACCCAAAAUGCUGAGCUCUCUUGCUACAGCACAUCUGUGCGAAACAUGACAAGAUAUGAAAUCAGCAGUGGGAUGUUUCUUGAAAUGAGCUUCUGUGGCCUAAUACAUAUGAUGUUAUGGAGUGUAGUAGUCUUGUUAUUGAUCACCAGUAUUUAACAGGGUGACAGUGUGGUGUAGCAAGCAAAAAACCCACUUUAAUAAAUAAGGUGGGAAAAAAUACAAAAUGGGGAAAUAGUCUUCUUUAAAAGAGGGUAAUAGGCAUACAGGCAGCUUUAGGCAAUGAGGAAGUGCUAGCUACGUACAAAGGCCAAUCAAUAGGUGGAUUUCCAGUACAGUAGAUCUCUGCUAUCACAGUGGAUGCUAGAGAUGCUAACCAGGCAUGGCUUCAGUGGUUUGUAUUGUGCUGUAUUGGGGCCUCUAUACUCUAGAACUGAGGCCCCAGAUAUGCAUGCUGUAUGGCAGGCUUGGGCUGUCUUGUGAUUGUGGAGCAGUAGGACGUCUGCGCAGGAUGACGUUUAUUGUCAUGAGUCUUGUCCUGGAGGCAGAACUCCGCAAGACGGAACAGCUGCAAAGUCAGAAUUGGAUACAUUGUAAAAAUUAAUUAAAACAAUUUUAGGUUAGGGUUAGCAGUGGGUUAGAGCGGCCUCCAGAACAAGAUUCAUAACGGGGGGAAAACGGAAAAGUCCGCGGUAUCUCUGCAUGUGAAACAUACACGGUAUGACUCUCUCCCUCAUCCAUGGAGCAGGAUGAAGUUUCCCUUAGAUGCUGAUCUUAGGUCAGUGUUGCAUCUCCCCUCCUAAUAAUUAAGAUUAGAAUUGGUGGAGAGGAACGCUGAUUAUAGAACUGUGCCUAUGGGCAACUUCUACUCACAGCUUCAUCCAUAGCAGGAUCUUUAAGGCUGGCAUUGGCUGGAGGAUGCAGUGUCUGUGUAUUGUCUUUAGAGUGAAUACAAUGUAGUUAUUUUCUAACAUACACUACCACUUAGAAAUGUCCUUGUUUUUGAAAGAAAAGCAAAAAAAUAUCCAUUAAAA